ACAGUGAAGAAAGAUUUUCCGUUUAUUAAACGUUAUUUCGCGUAUCGAUAUACAAAUUUGUGCAUAGUUGCAGAACAAAAUUAAGCACGAUUGAGUGCAAUAGCGAUGGAGAGUGAAGGAUCCUCACCGCCCGCCUUUGGGCCUGCUGCCUUGGGCUUGCAUCCAGUUGGAACGAAAUUCCCUGUCAAAACAACGAAUACACAGCCCAUGCAAGUGCUGAACGCUAGAGGAAUGCCCGCAAGAAUUCGAAAAAAGAAUCGUCUGUUUUUCGACGACGACAUCAUCAACGACAAAAUCCCAUCUGCAAAGCCAACUCCCAAGAAAACACCCGGAUCGGCCAAGAAACCGUUGAUCAACGCCAAAACACCACGCAGGGAGUUAUCUACUACGCCCCGAAAAGUGCUGCCUCGACUGUCGUUGAAAAAGAAAUAUUCUUCGCGGUAUGCACACCUGAAGCAAAGCGGCAGAAAAAAGAAAAUUGAUCAAGACGAGAAGGUGCACGACAUUACGAAACUGAUGAAUACGAGCGGAUCGGCAGAUUACGACAGAAACCAACGGCUUGGACAUAAGUUCCGUAACUUUAUCGUACUUUCCAAGGCACAUCGGUUUUGUUACUAUGAAUUUUUCUACAGUGACAUUGACCGGAACCUGUUCGAAGGACCGAGCGAGUUCGAUCAUCUGGUGCAAUUGCAUUAUCCACAGUUGAAAACGAAUAAUCUUACCCGUGCAGAAUGGCGUAAAGUUCGAGCAUCUUUCGGUAAACCGAGACUGUUUUCGCCCGCAUUUAUUAUGGAGGAACGGUUAGAGCUUGCUCGCAAACGGGAGAAAAUAAGAAUACUACAGUCGAACAGCCUGGGCGACAUUUCUUUCAUCGAAGGUUUGCCUCAAAGCAUCUCGAAGCUAAUAUCGCCAGGCACGAAGGUAACGGCCAAACUAAGGGCACCCUUGGAUGGAAUGUACAACGGAACGGUAGAGGGGUACGUUUCCGAAGCGAGAAGUUACAGAAUUAGCUUCGAUCGUCCCGGGAUAGGAUUGCGCUUAGUACCCGAUUACGAAGUGUUCUCAAUGGAAAAGUCCGAUACAAUUAAGCUGAAUAGCAUCACGAAGGACUAUCGGGUAGCCUACAAAAAUGCUUCGUUUUAUCUCGCAUCUCCCAAAACAAAAUCCACCAGCGCUGGAGGGGAUCCGCUACUGGGCAGCGACAUAGGACAAAAGCUGAAUUCCAGCGGCAGGAAGGUGUUUUUCCCGAAAGAAAACAUUGGAGGAUAUUCGGUGAAGUAUCUUGAGCUGAUCGUACGCACGAAGAAGACUCUUUCUGCCAAGCAAAUGAAAUUGCUUCGCUUGCAGAACAUCACCUCGGAAGCGCAGAUCUACAAAUCGUACGACAAUCCUCUGCCAGAGGAGUUAAGGAAACGUUACGCAAUGUUGAUAGUAGCGAUCGAUAAGCUGAACCGUGAUCUUGCCGAACAAUUGAAUCAGUUGCGUGAGUAUGUAGGAAACUUGACGAACGAUCCGGAAAUGUUGGCGAUGAUCACACCGAGCCACUAUCGUGAGCAGUCCCGCGAAAAAGCGGCUCAGAUCUUCGAGAAAAAUAGCAAGAGCUUCGUUAAGAACGAACAUAUUGCGAAUCUGAUAAAACAUCUUACCACGAUUAUGUACCUUGCAUCGAAUGUGAGUAAGAAUGAUAAGGAUGAGCUUAGUAUAAUGGCACUCAAGGGAGCGAUCGUAGAAACGAGAGAAUUAUUGGAACCGGGAAAUGUGGCCGCGUUCAAUCGCAACGUUGCACAUCCCAUGAGCUACAUAGAGUGUCAUCCGAGUUCAUCUAAAUCAUUAAAAACAGAGUAAGAUCAGGUACCGUACAGGUUGCAUGACGGAAUAAAAAGGAGAGUAUCGUAUCAAGGAUGAUGAUCAAAUAGUUGAAAACGCAUGGUGCGACAAGAAAUUCGAUCUGGUUCAAAAUCCAGGUUUAUGCCGUGUUUGUCUGCUGCCGGUCACUGGGUCAACUAUGGAUAUUAAUGUUGUUUUAUUUCACAUUCAUAGCCAGCCAUAAGACAAGAAAGCUAAGCCAAGACCGAACACGAUUGUAAGUUCAAGCUAAGCAAGUGUAUAGAAUUGAUAGUAGCAAGAAUAUAAUGAUUAUUUGUGUGAAGUUUUUAAGCAUGUAUAGAAUUUAAAACUUGAUUCAAUAAAAUAGAUGUAC